GCGGUGGAUGUGGUAUGGUGUAUAUCCCUCCGCUCCCAGCUCCAGCUCUUCUGCUCUUUUCUUGUAACUCCACCUCAUCAUCAUCCACUCCACACCCAUCCAUCAUAGAGUAAAAACAUAGAACGCGCCAGAGUUGAAGCGGCUGUGUGGCCUACCCGUCCGUCUAUUAACGUAUGUACGUACGUAUGCGGUACACGGCGACGGGCGAGGCUUGGGUAGAGUUGGCGAUUCGUGGGGUGUGGGUUGGGAGUUGUGAAAUGAGGACUGAGUGAGUAGUAGUAUAGAUAAUGGACUCGUUUUGCUUUUUUUUCUUUUGUUUUCCUUCUUUUCUUUCUUUUGCUAUCGAUUUCUCGUCGUCGCCAUACCUCUCUCCGCCGCCGAACCUUCGUCGCCCUCCCUCAUCCCUGUCAUCCUCCUUCGUCACCGCACCUCUACCGCAUCCACUCCCACCCCAACUUCCUCAACUCUUCUCCGCUUCCACCCCUCAUCACUACACUUCCUCUUCCUCCUUACCCCCACCACCACCACCACCACAACCACGACAAGCCUCCCGCUCCCGCUCCCGCCGAUCCCCACCACCAAGAAGCAGAAGCACACAGCCUAUACGAGCGCACCGACCCAGACCCCCGGCACCAAAAAACGCAUAGGAUACCUCCGCCCGUCCAUCCGCUCGUACAGCACGGCGAAAGAUACGGAAACGAGAAGAACGUCAACAAGCCUACAAUAGCUUAAAUGCAAGCAUAGACACAUACCCCUACCUACAAUAAUCAGCCAAGCAAGCAAGCAAGCAAACCAGCACCUUCCCAAUCCAGCAACCCGUAACCCGUAACCCGUAACCCU